AUGUUGCACUGCACAUGGCGAGCAGGGCUGCGGAUCGGGGGGCUGGCAGGUGGGGGGGUUGGAAGCUGCGGGGUUUGGAGGCUCUGGGGCCGCGCGGAUCCACAACACCCCGUGCGCUUUUGGAGCUGGGGCGCGCGAAGGGCUGACGGCGCGGAGUUGCCUCGGCGAUGGGGCGCCCGGGGCGUGCAGACCGCCUUCCCGUUGGAUACUAAUGUGCCCCGGGAUGUCUUGCUUUUCCAGCACGAUCGGGGCCGUUUUUUCCGUAUUCUUGGGCUGUUCUGCGCCGGCCAGUUCGUGUUCUGGGCGUAUCUGGCACACUUCGCUUUCCACGGCUUGCGGGAUGUUAGGGCGAGCCGGCCAGAGCCGGAUCCCCAGCAUGGGGAUCGCCCUCUGCCAACUCUACCGGGAGGAGCCACGAUACAGUUGAGCUCCAACAAGUGGCGCUUCGGUUUCACUGCGUCUUGCCUGACCGUGGGUAAGGAAGGGCCGGAUUCCUCUGCCCGCUCCUCCUCCGGGGUUACUUAUUAGCAUUGGUUGCUCUUCGUUGUUAUAGAAUUGUGGAAUUGGAAAGGACCACGAGGGUCAUCUCUUCCAACCCCCUGCAAUUCAGGAAUCGUUUUGCCCAGCAUGGGGCUUGAACUCACGACCCUAAGAUUAAGAGUCUCAUGCUCUAGCGAUUGAGCUAUGUGCCGCGAUGCGCAUGGCGCUUUGCGCAUUUUUCUAAGCAAAACAAAAAAGACCCCUAACCCCCGAGGAGUUUACAAUAUAAAUUGCAAUCUUACUUUCAUGAAAUUGUAGGUUUGCUUCUUGUCGGUGACAGAUAGUAUGUGGGGCACAGCAGGAAGAUGUAUCCAAACGUAAUAUUGUGGGUUUCAGAUCCAUGGGUUGUAGCCAGCUACAAGUUCUACCCCCAAAUAGAUCCAUCGAAAUUAAUUUAUCUAAGUAAGGCCCCUAUCCGCACUAUACAUUUAGAGCAGCAUCACUACCACGUUAAACAGGCAUGGCUUCCCCAAAACAAUGCUGGGAACUGUAGGGAACUGUUAACAGGACUGAGAGUUGUUAGGAGACCUCCCCUGCCAUCUCCCCCACAGAACUACUGGAAAGAAGGAUUGAUUGUUAAGCCACUCUGGAAAGUGCAGCUCUGUGGGGGAAAUAGGGGUUUCCUAACAACUCUCAGCACCACUAAAAAAUGGCAGGCCCUGGAAUUCUUUGGAGGAAGCCAUGACUGUUAAAGUGGCAUAAUAUUGCUUUAAAUAUAAGGUGCAGAUGAGGCCUCAGCCAUGCUCCUUUGUUUCAGGGGGUCUACUCUGAGUAGAAUUAACACGGAUACAACCCAGUAAAAAUAAGACACUCCCUGCCCAACUCAGGCUUAUAACCAAGACAAAGGAUCAGAUCCAACAUCCAUGGCUGGGGCAGGUGGGAACUGUAGUCUGAAACAUCCAUUAAGGCACCAUCUUGACACAGGCCCCCAAAUGUAUCAAAGCAGGCGCAAGUCCAGUUUCUGUGGGAAAUUGCACAGGUCGGGUACUACCACAAAACAAGCUUUUCCUUGACAUAGGUCUGUCACAGCUCAGCUGGCAGAAGGACCUGGGCCAUGAAGGUCUUUGAAGAUCACAAUCUCUUUGAAUCGGGUCCAAAACCAGAGUAGGAGCAUGUGCAUUGGCGAAGCACUAGUACAUGAUGAUUAAAUUUCCUAGUCAGAAACCCAGCAACUGAAUUCUGAACCACCUGCCAUUUCUGAACCAUCUCCCAGGGCAGCCUUAGGCUUUAUCAGGCAUUGCAGUAGCCUGACCACUAGGUUAUCUCAGCUCGACUUGUCAUCCUGCUCUGUUCCUUUGCAGGUUCUCUGAUCUUGGCGGCAGGUUUUGUCUUUUCCCGACGCUCUGUGAGCCGGAUCUUGCUGCACCGAGGUGGGCAGGAGGUGACCUUUACCACCUAUUACCCCUUGGGCUGGACCUCGUCCUUCACGGUCCCUCUUCGCCAUGUUUCCUGUAUGUCCCAUCGUUCAGAGGUGCCGGCGAUGAUGCCACUCAAGGUUAAGGGGAGAGCCUUCUAUUUCCUGUUGGACAAACAGGGACGGAUCACCAACACAAAGCUUUUUGACAUCACUGUUGGCGCCUAUCGCAAGCUGUGA